GGCAACCUGUCCUUCAGAGUCUGGGAGAAGAUGAAGGAGAAGGUCCACUUCAGUCCUGUCCUCCUGGACCCAAACACUGCAAGCAGACGGCUUUAUCUGUCUGAUGAUCUGACCAGUGUGAGACGAGGAGAAACUUUUCAGCAGCUUCCUGACAAUCCAGAGAGAAACAUGAAAUAUGCUUCUGUUUUUGGUUCUGAGGGUUUCAGAUCAGGGAAACACAGCUGGGAGGUGGAGGUGGGAGAUCAUCCUAUCUGGAACAUUGGUGUGGCUAAAGAGUCUGUUAACAGGAAGGGAGAGUGUUCUGCUUCACCAAAAGAUGGAUUCUGGUGUUUAUCACAUUAUAAUGGAAAAUACAUAAACUGUGAUGGUCAGACUGUCACUGUGACCAAGAGUCUCCAGAAGAUCAGAGUCCAGCUGGACUAUGACAGGGGGGAGGUGUCCUUCUACAACCCUGAAGACAUGACUCACAUCUACACUCACAAAGACACUUUCACUGAGAAACUUUUACCAUAUUUCAAUGUUGGAGAAUCUGAAGAUGCAAAAACCUCUAAACUUCAAAUCUGUCCGACUGAUUGAGAUGAUUUGACUCUUUUGUUAUAAAAAAAUAACUGAGAUCUUUUUCUUUCAUCUCAAUGAUCAUCUCACGAGGUUUUAUCAGCUUCUUUACUUUUUUAAGUUUUCUUUUUCUCAAGUCAGAAAUAUUUUACUUCAUGUUGGUAAAUCCAGAUUUCUGUUCUUCAUUGUGAACAACUCUGUCCUCAUCAUUACAAUUCCACCACUGUGUUUCACAGAUAGAAAUUCAAAUAUUAACAGGUCAGAACAACUUUCUUGGUAAAAAUCUUUUAAGGUGUAUUCUUUGUUUAAGUACAAUUACCACUUUUUGUAAAUAAAUUAAAUAAAUACUGAUCAAAACAAUGUAAUCUACAACUGUCGUUGCUGAGUCUGUUUUAAUUUGUACUCUUUAUUCAGCAGCUUUUCUCUUUAGGCCUGUUUGUGUCUCAAAUAUGUCACUCACACACUUUUCCUUUUACAGCUGAGCUUUCACUCCUUUAACUUAGUGAAGUUCAAAUGUCUUGUAAUUUUCUCUUAUAAUCUAAAAUCCUCUGUCAUUCUUCAGCUUUUGUUGUUCUUGUGUUCAACCUGCUGUGUUUGUUUGAACAUCAUCCUCUUAAUGCAAACACUUCACUGUUUGAGAAAAUCAUCACUUAAAUUGUGUAAGAAACUAUGAAAUGUAUUCAGUGAGUGCAGCAAUAUUACUGGUGUUCAGUUUAUUAAAGAAAUCAGAUUAAAGAUGAAAAAUAUGUUUACUGACGUUUUAGAUUUAUUUAAUAAAUACAAUAAACACAAUCAGGAAAUUCUUCUUUUAAUUUGAAAAGAUAGAGGAGCUUUUGCUGCUGUCCAUGCUGUUGCUGAGAUCUUGUAAAUUUUUGAAAACCAAAAUUACAAACAUUUGUUCCAUAAAUUCUCUGAUUUUUUUGGUCUUCUGGCUAAAAAUGAAGCCACAGUGACCCAGAAAAUGUGACUUUGAUGUUUUGUAAAUAAAAUCUAAUUAAAGGCU